AUGAAUCACUUACCGUCGAACCUGUUGCCCGAUGAAGGAAGCCCGGAGUGGAUGAACAAGGGGGACAACAUGUGGCAGUUAACGGCAGGCACUCUGGUGGGCCUGCAAAGUGUUCCGGGCCUGGUCAUCCUCUACGGCAGCAUAGUCAAGAAGAAAUGGGCUUUGAACUCUGCGUUCAUGGCCCUCUACGCUUUCGCGGUGGUUCUUGUUUGUUGGGUGGGGUGGUGCUACCAAAUGUCCUUUGGUGAAAAGAUUCUUCCAUUUCUGGGACGUCCAAACGUGGCUUUAGACCAACAAUUCCUUAGGGACAAAGCUUUUUCUGGAGAUUUUCCCAACGCCACUAUGAUCUACUUUCAGCUCGUCUUUGCUGCCAUCACGUUGAUUCUCAUCGCAGGGGCGUUGCUUGGGAGAAUGAACUUCUACGCUUGGAUGUUAUUCGUUCCACUUUGGGUCACCUUCUCUUACACCAUCUGCGCCUUCAGUAUAUGGAGCCCCGAUGGAUGGUUGUUCAAAAUGGGCCUCAUUGAUUACUCCGGUGGCUUUGUUAUUCACCUCUCUUCUGGGAUUUCUGGUUUCAUCGCAGCAUCUUGGGUAGGGCCAAGGACAGUGAAGGAUAGAGAGAGGUUUCCUCCAAACAACAUACUUCUGAUGCUGGCUGGGGCUGGCCUACUAUGGAUGGGGUGGACCGGAUUCAACGGUGGAGAUCCAUACGCAGCCAGCAUAGAUGCAUCUCUGGCCGUUCUGAACACCCAUGUCUGCACGGCCAUGAGUUUGUUGACUUGGCUUUUCCUUGAUAUCCUCUUCUUUGGAAAACCUUCAGUGAUUGGUGCCACUCAAGGCAUGAUCACUGGUUUGGUUUGCAUCACCCCUGCUGCCGGUGUGGUGCAAGGUUGGGCAGCAAUGAUGAUGGGAAUUAUGUCAGGAAGCAUCCCCUGGUACACAAUGAUGGUCCUCCACAAAGAGAUUAGGCUCCUAAAACAGGUGGAUGAUACCAUGGCAGUUUUCCACACUCAUGCAGUGGCUGGAUGCUUAGGUGGUAUUUUGGCUGGUUUCUUUGCUGACCCUGACCUCUGCCGUCUCUUCUAUGGGGUAGAGGAUUCGGUGCACUAUACGGGCCUUGUAUACGGCAUAUUCAGAGGGAGGCCUAAGGCAGGGUUCAGGCAAAUGGGGGUUCAGCUUCUUGGCAUUGUGUUUGUAAUAGUUCUGAAUGUCACCACAACCAGCAUUGUGUGCUUGGUUGUUAAGACCAUUGUUCCACUUAGGCUGCAGGAAGAUGAGUUGGAAGUUGGAGAUGAUGCAGUGCAUGGUGAGGUUGCAUAUGCAUUGUGGGGUGAUGGAGAGAGGCUUGAGACUGCCACUCAGGCUUUGAGUUUUGAGAUCAAUCAUGAAUGGCCAACUGUUGAUGUAAAAACUUCCACUGAUGCAGAAAUGGAGUGA